CACCUGUGGAAUUUCCGACAGCGAAUUCCACAGAUCGUUCAAAGUCUCAAGUUCCAAAAGGAAAAAAUCACGUAUAUGCAUCUGCCGCUGCAAUCAAAAUGGCUGUACGUCGGUACGGAGAGAGGAAACGUUCACGUAGUACAGAUAGAAAAUUUCAAUCUUUCCGGUUACAUCAUCAACUGGAACAAAGCCAUAGAAGUGUCUAGGAAAACACAUCCUGGUGCGAUAGUACAUUUAAGUGAUAAUCCAUUAGAUGCUAGUAAAUUAUUAAUAGGAUUUGAAUCGGGUCUUGUAGUUUUGUGGGAUUUAAGGAAUAAAAUGGCCGAUAUGAGGUGGUCGACUAGUGAAUUGAGAUCCGUCGCGUGGCAUCACGAAGGAAAGCAAUUCAUGUGUUCACAUACGGAUGGUACCUUGACAACGUGGAGUUUAAAGUCACCAUCUAAGUACAUCCACAUUUCUCAACCUCACGCGAAAUUUAGCAAAGACGGAAAACCUGAACAAUGUAAAGCAAUUUCUAAAGUGGAAUGGAAAUCAUCUCGGACAGGGUAA